AAGAAUAUUUAUUCCCAGCUGGUGACAAUCCUAAAGAAGAAAAAAAGAAACUUCACUGGGGUUUGCUGAGCUGUGCCAAACACUACAGGUGCAAACUCACGGCCAUUUAGGGGCCUGGCUCUCAUUGCUACUUUGCAUUUACAAACUGCAAAAUUUUAAGGGCCAACCAACCGUGUUUCCAAAGACAGUAGUUUAUUCUAACGACAACUGAAGUGGAGAGAGGGAGGAGGAAUAUGUCACUGCUUGAUUUGUUUAUCCUACCAGAAAUUAGGGGGAGUCAGGUUUCUUCCCCUGAUGUCAGCUGGAAAUCGACGGGGUUGGCAUCUCUUUUCAAUGCAGUAUAGACCAGACACUGUCUAUGGAGCGGUGAUUGGUUAGACAGGCAAGCAUAACCUGACCAAAUUGGAUUGGACUCCUCCUAUUGUUACUUCACAGCAUUCUGAAGACCUUUCUACCAAUCACAGGGCUCCUUACUGGAAAAAUCAGCUGCCAGGAGUCCCUAGCAACACUGUGGCUUUUGAAAUCUAAAGGGGAAAGACUGUGUAGUCAGCCCGUAGUGGAGAGCACCUAUGCCUCAGGAAGAGCAGGCUCUCAGGAUGGACACCCCACCCUCUGAAGAGCUCUCAGAGGCACAAAACAAAAAACUGGAAAACCAGGAAGAGGAGAUGGAGUUUAAGGAACUGGACGGUCUAAGGGAAGCCUUGGCAAACCUCAGGGGACUAUCUGAGGAGGAGAAAAGUGAGAAGGCGAUGCUUCGCUCUCGCAUCCAAGAGCAGUCCCAUCUCAUCUGCAUUCUGAAGCGGAGGUCAGAUGAGGCCCUGGAGCGCUGCCAGGUCCUGGAGCUGCUCAACGCAGAACUGGAGGAAAAGAGGAUGCUAGAGGCCGAGAAGCUGAAGGCCAAGAGUGUGCAUGCCCAGAAGUUAGAGGAACGCUUUAUGACCCUUGCAGCCAACCACGAGUUGAUGAUACGCUUCAAGGACGAACACAAGAGUCAGAACAUCGAGUUGAGAAGGGAGAAUGAGAAGCUGAGGCUGGAGAACCACAGUCUCUUCAGCCAGGCUGUGAAGGACCAGGAGGCCAAAGUACUGCAGCUCACCACCCAGAGCGAAGCCCUGGCCAAGGAGCUGGAGACUCUGAAACAGAGGUAUGCCCAGGAUGCCUGCCAGGCACAGACCCGAGAGAAGGAGCUGCUGGAGCUGCAGAGCCAGCAGGCCUACACCCACACCAAGGAGACAGAGCAGCUGCGCAGCCAGCUUCAGAGCCUCAAGCAGCAGCACCAGCAGGCCAUGGAGCAGAUGGCGAAGGCUGAGCAGGCCCACAGCAGCCUGAGCCAGGAGCUGCAGGCCAGGCUGAAGACUGUUACCCAUGAGAAAGAGGAGCUGCUGCAGCUGUCCAUGGAGAGGGGCCAGGUGCUUCAGAACAAGCAAGCAGAGAUCCGCCAGCUUGAGGAGAAGUUAGAGACAGCAGAUGUGGCCAGGAGACAAGCACUAGAGAGGUUUGAGCAGGAGGCAGUGGCUGUGGACAGUAACUUGAGAGUCCGGGAACUUCAGCGCCGGGUAGAUGGAAUCCAGAAGGCCUACGAUGAACUCAGGCUGCAGUCCGAAGCUUUCAAAAAGCACAGCCUGGAUCUUUUAAGCAAGGAGAGAGAACUCAACGCCAAACUCCGUCAUCUCUUUCCGUAAAAACAUAUCUGCUUCCUCUGGCCUCCAAUUUAGAAUUCAAAUAUUUGUAUCCCUAGCAUUAUGGCAAGAGGAAAGAUGGUAUUUCAUUUAUUAUACUUUUAAGCACAAAAGGCAACUAAAAAAAAAAAGUUACUCUACUAUGA